CAUUGUAUUUAAAGAGGGCAAACAAACAGAGUUAUUAAAAUAGAUUUUGAAAAUUUUCCUUCCUUAUAUUUUAAAUGAUAUACACUAGAAAUAGAAAUAUCAUUUCUAUAGUUACUUCCAGCUCAGAGACUUCAUUUGUUGUUUUAAUCGGUUUGUGACAUUGUUUAACCCCCCCUACUCUGAUGGUAUAACCCAUAAUACAGAGUAUAAUUUACCUGACUCAACUUGAAAGCUGACACAAACUACAUAGUUUUCGUUCGUAUUUUUGCUAAUUUUCACCACUAGAAACUGUCGCAAUGGCUUUUGUGCCACCUGAAGACAAGAAGGAUGGCAUGCCUGGAGGGCUUUCCCCAACUGCUGAAGCCAACGAAGACAUUCAGGCGCUCUGUGUUAUCGUCAAGGUCCAGGCAGAGAAAAUAGCAGGGAGGAAUUAUGGUGUUUUCAAAGCCAUAAGCUACAGGAGUCAGGUAGUGGCCGGGACCAACUACUUCAUCAAGGUCCACGUGGGAGGAGAGGAUUAUGUUCACCUCCGUGUUUUCGAAGGCUUACCAUGUCAUAGAAGAAACAUAGAGCUGAGUGGUAUGCAGCAGAACAAGACCCUCAAGGACCCUAUUGAGUACUUCUAAUGGGAUCCUAAACCAGACAAAGCAUCGGUGCCAUCAGGCUGCCGUCUUAUUAUAAUCAGUUAUGAUCAAAUUAUCAUGGCUCAUUAUGUAAUGCAAUGCUAUAUGCAGUUCCCAUUGCUAACAUAUUAUAACAUACUGUGUCGUACUAUAGAUCAUGAUGUAAGGAGUAUGUCAAAAUGGAACUAUUUUGUACAAGAUGAAUGAAUAAAUGAAUUCGAUUUGAUGUGA